UCCACGACAGGGGAGCCUGCGAGCAACAACUUUCCUGACACAGAAUGGAGAGAAGCUGACGCACCGUUAUUUACCGGACCGUUAACUUUCCUCCUCAAGCUUUUCCUUAUGCCAUCACAGCGUUCAUGCAGCGCUAGACCAGGAAAAAAAACUGAAAGAUAGUGUUGUUACAGUUUGAACACUGAAGAGCUGACAAUUCCUUCUUUUUGUUUUUUCCCCCUUCUUCUUCUUCUUUUUGAACACUUUAACCGCGUUAUUACGCAUGGUGCGCAAAGGGAUGGCUCCUCUUCGCAGACACAAAACGGGAGUACAAAAUGUUUUUUAUGUCUAUCUCUCUAUUUCAGUGGCUUAUUCUUAUAAUAUAGACUUACAACAUCCUUUGGUGUUCCGCGGACCAAAUUCUAGUUUUUUUGGCUAUUCUGUGCUGGAGCAUUAUCAUGACAACACACGCUGGGUAAUAGUAGGUGCUCCAAGGGCAAACUCUACCUACAGCAGCUCUGUGCACUCUCCUGGAGCUGUAUAUAAGUGUCGAGUUCACAGCAACCCAGAGCGCCGCUGCACGGAGAUGGAUCUGGGAAGAGGAAACAAGCCGAGAGAGUCGUGUGGGAAGACUUGCCAAGGAGACAGGGAUGAUGAGUGGAUGGGGGUCAGUCUGGCACGCCAGGACAGAGCCAACGGCCAAAUACUGGCCUGUGCUCACCGCUGGAAAAAUGUGUACUACGACUCAGAGCAUAUUCUUCCACAUGGAUACUGCUCCAUCAUUCCUCCCACUCUUCAGGGCAGGACAAAGCCGCUCAUCCCUUGUUAUGAAGACUAUAAGCAAAAGUAUGGGGAAGAGCACGGCUCGUGCCAAGCCGGGAUAGCGGGAGUUUUUACGGAGGAGCUGGUGGUGAUGGGAGCACCGGGGUCAUACUACUGGACUGGGACGGUCAAGGUGUACAACCUGACUUCUGACUCUUUCUACAACCUGAACAAAGAAGACGUCGACUCACACAGAUACAGCUACCUUGGCUAUGCUGUGACUGCUGGACACUUCUCCUCUCCUAAUGUGAUAGACAUAGCUGCAGGGGCGCCUCAGCACAGUGGCAGUGGAAAAGUUUACAUUUUCAAAAUCGAUGGUGUGUCUUUGGUGAAGAGUUUUCAGGCCUCAGGGAAAAUGAUGGGCUCUUACUUUGGCUCCUCAUUGUGUGCAGUUGAUCUGAACCAGGACGGCCUGUCGGACCUGCUGGUGGGGGCACCCAUGCACAGCCAGCUCCGGGAUGAGGGCCAGGUGUCUGUGUACCUCAGCAAGGGCAAUGGGGUGAUGGAGGAGGGAGGUGUUUUGACUGGUGACAAUGCUUUCAAUGCACACUUUGGAGAAUGCAUUGCCGCAAUCGGAGACAUAGAUGACGAUGGAUAUCAAGAUGUAGCCAUAGGAGCACCAAAAGAGGAUGACUAUGGAGGAGCCGUUUAUAUCUACCAUGGGGAUGCCACAGGAAUCAUCAGCAAAUACUCCAUGAAACUGUCUGGGCGCAGUAUAAACCCUGGUCUGCAGAUGUUUGGCCAGUCAAUCUCAGGCAAUGUGGACAUGGAUGGCAAUGGAUACGCAGAUGUCACUAUUGGAGCUUUCAUGUCAGAUAACGUGGUGCUGCUGAGGACCCGGCCUGUCAUUACCGUGGAUGUCUCCAUCUUCCUGCCCGUCUCCAUCAACAUCUCUGUGCCGCAGUGCCACGAGGGCCACCAGAACCUAAAUUGCUUCAACGUCACUGUCUGCAUGCGCUUCCGGGGAAGACAGCUGCCUGGACACAUAGAGUUGCUGUAUAACUUGACAGCUGAUGUGGAUAAGCGACAGAAGAGCCAGCCUUCCCGGGUCUACUUCACUCAAAGUGGAUCUCAGAUCAGCCAGAUGAGCCAGCAGCUCAGCUUGGACAUCAACAGGGAGCAGUGCCAGCGCUACACUGCCUACGUUAAGAAAGAUGUGAAGGACGUGUUCACAGCCAUCACGUUCGAGGUGGCUUACAGCCUGGGGAAGCAUGUGCUGACGGGACACCAGGAGCGAGACCUGCCCGCACUCACUCCAGUGCUACGAUGGAGGAAAGGAAACAAGAUUGCAGAAAGGAAUGAGACUUGGUUCGAGAAGAACUGCCUGUCGGACGACUGUGCUGCAGACCUGAGGCUUCAUGGGAAACUGUUGCUCUCUGGGUUGCACAGCACACACCAUUUGGCCCUUGGAGGAGUAAAGAACGUCUCUUUGAACCUGACCAUCUCUAACGCUGGGGAUGACGCCUACGACACCAACAUCUACUUCAACUUCUCCAGAGAAGUUUUCUACAUCAACUUCUGGCAGAAGGAAGAGAAGGGUAUUUCCUGUGGACUUGUUGAUUUGGACUUCCUCAAAUGCAGCGUGGGAUUUCCCUUCAUGAGAGCGCAGACUAAGUAUCAUUUUGCAGUGAUUUUUGACACGAGUCAGCUCUCUGGGGAAAAUGAUACAUUGCAGUUCUUAGUUCAAGCUAAAAGUGCCAAUCCUGAGCACAAACUCUCUGAUAACAGUUUGGAUCUGUCCAUCCCUCUGGUUCAUGAGACCGACACGACUAUUACUGGUGUGGUGACGCCGAGCUCCUUUGUGUACGGAAACUCCAUCGAUGCCUCGCGCUUCGUCCAGAUGGAAGACAUGGAGUGCAACUUUCAGCCUCUCAAUCUCACAUUCCAGGCCAUAAACAAGGGGCCCAGCAGGCUGCCUGGCUCCACUGUGGACAUCAGGAUACCCAACCGGCUGGCUGGCAGCGGAGCUGACAUGUUCCACAUCAUUGAAACACAGGUGGCCGAGGGUCGAGGGAACUGCACUCCUCACAGGAACCCGACACCGUGCACCAUUCCCCAGGACAGAGAGAGCAUCUUCCACUCCAUAUUCGCCUUCUUCACCAAAUCAGGACGCAAAGUCUUGGAUUGUGACCGGCCUGGAAGAGCGUGUAUGACUAUCUCCUGCAGUCUGGGCCCACAAUUAAAAGAAGAACCUUUGAGCAUAGAUAUAAAACUUCUACUCAACACAGAAAUUCUCAAGAGGGAUAGCUCAUCUGUGAUCCAGUUUGUGACGAGGGGCAACGUGCAAGUCAAUGACAGGGCAGUGGAGGUGCCAAAGGGCCUGCCAGAGGACAUUUCUCUGGUGUUCGAGGCUCUCCACAGUCAAGAGCCGAGGGGUUACGUAGUUGGCUGGAUCAUCGCCAUCAGUCUGCUGGUGGGAAUCCUCAUCUUUUUGCUGUUAGCUGUGCUACUCUGGAAGAUGGGAUUUUUCCGUCGCCGCUACAGAGAGAUCAUUGAGGCUGAAAAGAACAGGAAGGACAGUGAUGAAAGCUGGGACUGGAUGGAAAAGAACCACUCAGAUUUGUAGUGGGGGGUUCCACAGGAGCCAAUGAGAUUAGGGAUUGGGUCGGGAAGGAUCCAAUAGCACGUGGUCUCGCAGCCCUGCCGCCCCAGUGGCACCAGGCCCUUCAGUCUUCCAUAUGUGGAAGAGAAGAAUAUUCUCCAUAUUUUUUGGAGACUUGAUUUUUUUUUUGUGGGUGGGGGUCCAGGAAACAGGCUUUUGAGGUGACAGUGUGUUGCCAGAGGACACUUGCUGUGGAAUUCAGCUAAUCUCAAAGGAGUUAACUCCCAGCCAUCAGCCAGCGAGAGCGGAGCUGUUGAUGGAGACCUACAUCCGUACGGGGAUGUGGAGACGGCAUGAAUACUGGUGGACAACAAACCCUCAGGGCUGUGUUACAUAGCAAAUUUAUUUUUAUACAUACACUUUAAGCCAUAUUGUAUAAAACUGGGCUUCGAGAAGAGAUCGGGUUUUGAAGGUCCAUUAUAAACACACUGUAUCUACAGUAUGUUUUCCUAAAAGCACUGAUUUUUGAUAAGAAUGAAUGCCUUGGCUCCAUAGCUUUACUUUUUAUGCCAAAGAUAUGUCCUGUAUAUGAUUGGAGUCUUUUGUAUAUUCAGUUCUUCCUGGGAGUGAAAGAUUGUGUCUUUUCUGUACUAUUUCCGGCUUAUGAAUAUUUGUUUUACACAUCUGACUCCCUCUCCCUCCCACAUAAUCAGCCAGAGUUGAUUCUGUUUUAGACCCACACACACAGUGAUUAAAACGCUGUGUCCUCGUGUCAUCCGCUAAUGUUGUCAGAGUUGUCCCAGAGGCGCUGAGGGCCCAGUAAAAGUGCUCUCUGAGGUCAUUAGGAUCUAGUUCAGGAUGUGGUAAACAACCGCACUAUAGAGUUAUCUCUAUUAACACUUUCUUUCUUUGCCAUGUUUCCUUUAUUUUCCAUGCCUGAAAUACAGGGGUUGUGAAUUAUACCAUUCACAUUUCAAGCCUUGUGACUGUCCAUAAGCAUUCCAUUUGUCAUGGUCUGGCUUUUAUUUGAAGGUGAUAAAAGUGGAUGCAACAAAGUGAUUUUGUCAGAUAGAAAUUUGACUCUUUACUCUCUGCAGUGCUUUGAAUAAACAAAAUGCUUUGAAAGUGCAAUGUGCAUUAGAGGGAAUUAUCUGAAGCUGCUUUUGCAAGGAACUAUUGAUCAGGUAUGCAGCUGACUUUUUAGGUGGACCCCCAAAGGUUUCCUGGUUCAAGUGAAGACUGAAAUACUGUAAGAUAUGAUUCACUAUAAGUCAUGACACACAACCUGAUCAUGAUUUAUUUCCAAAACCUUUCCAGACUUCACCUAAGCCAACCAUAUUUAAUUUUACUAUUAUGUUAUUAGGCUUUGGGUUUUAGCAUGAAAUAUGAGCUACAUUAUUCUCCACGGUCAGAUGAAAGUCUGCGAUGGGAGUCCACCUACAGUCAUUUACAGGGGCCCAUGGCAUGAGUAAUACCCUAAAAAUAGGUGGGAAUGUGCUGCACUCAAUCACUGCACAUAAACGAGCUCUUUGGGACUCAUGGGAAAAGCUCAUUUUAAGUCAACAUGGAAGAAUGUCAGCUCCCUGAAAAUCUGCCACUAUUUCAGUUCACAGCUCCUCAGUACUCAAUUUUUUUUACCCCACAUGUUUUUGAGAAUCUUUUUAAAGCUGGGUUUUAUUAUGAAUGAAAGUUUGCAGAACACAGUGAAUUCAAUUUUGUAUUAAAUGUCCCCAAAGAAGUAUGAAUAUUAACCAUGUUACAUUUGUUCAUUGCGAAAUAACAUGAAGAAUUUUUUUUUUUAAUUAUGCUCCAAAAAAGAAGUUUUGAUGUCAGUUCUGAAGAAUUUAUCAAUGACAAUUCAUUUAUAAUUAAUAUUUUAAAACAGAUAUUUUGCUGUUAACCAGAAUCAGAUUUAAACGUGCAAUGCCAAGAACAAAAACUAUAUUUUAAUGUUUCACAUUUCAGUGCUAAGACACUUUAUGGCUCACAAUGAUCGCUUGGCUCUAUUUUGUGCUGUAUGAAUCUGUUAUUGAUCUGAUACACUUUAUUUUACCAUUUAAUUCCACUGGCAUGACGGCAUAUACUGUACACAUUCACGUCUUCCCUGCAUCUGUUAAACCAAUGCUACACCUGUAUGCAGAGAAACCGACACUUGACAUUUUUUGGUAAAUUUGAACUGUGAUGGUUAUAUUUUGUUGUGUAUGUUUGUUGUCACCGUUAAUCACACCGUUAUUUGUUUUUUGUUGUUGUUGAGUAUACUACUGUCACUGAAUAUCAUUUCCAUUAUAGUGUGCUGUAUAUGUUUGAUGUUUAAAGUCAUGUUGGAACUGUAUAUUUAUCUGUUGAUAAAUUUUAGAGUGAAAUUUCA